AUGGACGAUAGCACUAGAAAGUUACACAAUAAGGUUUUGAAUUGCAUUAAUCGCUUUAAGCAAAAUAUCGAUGCAAUCUUCACAGCAAAAUCAAGUAAUGAUAUUGCAAUCCUUCCUGCAUUGUUUGCAAGGAAUAAAGGACUUUUAAUAGACCUUAGAAAAGCUGAAAGAGAUCUAAAAAUUUCUAUCGAAUUCAAACGAAGCCAAAAUCUCUCAGAGCAAGAGCUAACAAACUCAAUGAUGGACCAAUUGCGAGCUUUGGAAUAUGAAAAAAAUGCCCUUGAAAAUGAAAUUAAGGACUAUAAAGAAAAAGAAGAUAAAGAACUAGCCAAACUUGGGUACGAAAUUAAGAUCAAUAGAGAAGAAAUUAUAGAAAAAAUAACCGAAGAAUUCGAAACUAUAAGAAAAAGUCCGAAUGGUGAUCUUUUGUAUGUAAAUAAAAAUAGCAGUUUUGAAGUCGAGAACAGUGAAGAUGAAGCGACUGUGUCAAGCACUGUGCAGACAUUAGAUGAAAUGAUUGACACUAUUUUUAGGGACGAAAACCCCGAUAAUGGAGAAGAAACUACAGAAGAAGAGGAAUUAACUAGAUAA